GGGCCACAUGCUGCCGCACAUCAGGACCAUGCAGAGCUCCAGGCUGCCCAGCGGGGCGCUCCUCUGCGCACUGCUGCUGCUCUCCGGCGCCGCUGGAGCCGAAGUGUUGGACGGCGAGUCCGAGGAGGAGCUGAGCCCCAGAGCCCUGCGGGACUUCUACCCCAAAGGUCCGAACCUGACCAGCGAGAAGCAGCUGCUUGGAGCUCUCCAAGAAGUUCUGGAAAAGCUGCAGGCUAAACGACUGCCUAUGUGGGAGAAGAAAUUUGGCCAAGUCCCCACGUGUGAUGUCGGGGAGCAGUGCGCAGUGAGAAAAGGCGCUCGGAUCGGGAAGAUGUGCGACUGUCCCCGGGGAGCUUUCUGUAACUUUUUCCUGCUGAAGUGCUUAUGAUCUGAUCUGAACCAUCUGAAUGUUGCAGUGAGAUGGAGGGUCGGAAAAACUGUCUCUCCAUUGCUUUGUAAUUACUGUCAUAUUUUUUUAUGAUGCAGCCGAGGAGCAGGUGGGGUGACUGCCCCACCCUUACGAAAUAAACUAUAGUAGUUCUAUGAUAAGAAUAUAUUUUAAAAGUAUAUUAUCAAAGAAAAACUAUAAGGAUAUUGUGGUGAUGGACAGGAGAUGAGGAAACCAUCAAGACCAAUAAAGUUACUGUAAAUAUUCAGAGCCACUUUAUGUCUGUAGGAGAACCACAGGAUCAUUGUUGUGAUGUAGUAGGAGCUAAGAAAUAACCCAUAAUGCACAGUAAACUCACCUGAGGACCACAUACACACUGUAAAGUCUUAACAGCAAUAUUAUGGGAAAAUCAUCGUGAUUCUUCGUCAGGACAAAUCCAAACUGUGUUUUGAACUUGAGCUAUUUAGUUUCAGAUGAAUGUUUUGUGUAUGACAAUAACAGUAAUAAAG